UGAGCACGCGCUUCCUCUACUUCAACAUCUGGUAGCCUCGUGAUCGUCGUUAUGGUGUAGGUACCCAGUUACCUUGCCUUGUUGUCGCCAAAAUUCAUCAAGUUGCAUUACGUGACGGCUUUCUCGCCAAAAAAAUAUUCAUGCCAGCCUAGUCCACGUGGUUUUUCCAAGCUGGAGCAACGCCACGCGCUACCUUGGCUGCAACGACGACCCCUCGCAACCGACCUUUCGCUGCUGUGUAUUGUGAACCUGCCGAUCAAAAGAGGACUUCGUCCAAGAUUUAUUCAUCCCGACAUAACCAUUGGAUGCUUCCCAUAUAAGUCAUUCCCUAGACUAGUAAAGGCCAUCGUCGGUCGCACAGCCUGUCAAUCCGUUUCCUCUCCAGCGACGCAACAAUGGACCGCAUCAGGAGCCUCUUUGCUCGCCACAAGCCAGUUCGGAACGAGGCCGAAUAUGAACCGCUCACUGAGGACGGCCUGGACCGCAGGGCCGGUGCCGAAACCCUUCUGGCGCCCGAAGACGGCGGCGAGGUUCCGUUUUCUUGGGUAGAGUAUUUAAUCUUUGCCAUGGUCGGCGUCGCCAUGUUAUGGGCUUGGAACAUGUUCAUGGCCGCCGCCCCGUAUUUCCAAAUGCGCUUCCGCGACGAUCCCUGGUUGCUUGACAACUUCCAGUCUGCCAUCCUCUCGACCUCAACAUUCACCAACUUGGCGGCUAUGCUCGUUCUUACCGGAAUGCAAAAGUCUGCGUCAUACCCGCUGCGGAUUAACACCGCACUUAUAAUCAACACAUGCACCUUUGCCCUCCUCACCAUAUCGACUGUGUAUUUCCUGAAUGUGUCGCCGGGGUUUUACUUGGUAUUCGUCCUUGUGACUGUCGCUCUGUCCGCCUGGGCCACUGGCAUGAUGCAGAAUGGCGCCUUCGCGUUUGCAGCGAGCUUCGGAAGGCCCGAAUACACGCAGGCUAUCAUGGCAGGUCAGGGUGUCGCCGGUGUACUCCCUCCGAUAGCACAGGUGGUUUCGGUGCUUGUAUUCCCUGCCCCAAUUGACGACCAGCAGCAGCAGAGCAGCCAAUCAGGGGCCGGAAACGCAGCCUUCAUCUACUUCCUGACGGCAGUGGUUGUGUCUGCGGCUGCCCUGUUUUCUUUCAUUCCGCUGGUCCGACGACACAAUGCGCUCGUCGAGAUGCGCCUAGCGGAUCAGAUGGCCGCAUCGCAUGCUUCCAUCGAGGAGGCGGAGCGCGCUGCACGCAGGGUUGUUGGACCCGUAACGCUGUUCAGAAAGCUGCAUUUUGUCGCGGGUGCCGUCUUCAUCUGCUUCGCCCUGACCAUGUUCUUCCCCGUCUUCACGACCAAGAUCGUUUCCGUGCGGACGGGCAAAGACGUUAGCCCAAUCUUCCAGCCGCAGGCCUUCAUACCGCUUGCAUUCUUCUUUUGGAACAUGGGCGACCUCGCCGGCCGCAUGGCCACCAUUUUACCUUUCUCGCUGCGCCACCGACCUGCCACGCUCUUCGGGCUGGGUGUGGCGCGCGUCUUGUUCCUGCCGCUGUACCUGCUCUGCAAUGUCGGCGGCCGCGGCGCAGCCGUAAACAGUGACCUCUUCUACCUGCUGCUCGUGCAGCUGCCGUUCGGACUGACCAACGGCUGGCUGGGUAGCAGUGCCAUGAUGGCGGCGGCCGAGUGGGUCGACGAGCCCGAGCGCGAGGCUGCAGGCAGCUUCAUGUCGCUCUCUCUGGUCGCUGGCUUGACGGUGGGAAGUUUACUUAGCUUUACUGCUUCGGGGGUAUAAAGGAUAUAGAUAUGUAUGCAUUUGUAUGAGUUUACUUUAUGAAAUGUGUGCUGAGACCGCCAUGUUUUCCUAGAAUAUAACCGUCUCGGAUUGCUAGAGACAAUACGGAUGCCCUUGAGUACAAUCAUCGGUGUUCGCCAUUUGAAAACUGUGCCAUGAGGCUUGAUUCUAGUCCCCUUCUUCCCUUAACAGCUCGUCGCUCUCGUCCCCUGGAGGCUGAGUAGUGACAGUUACGUAUUUUAUCUGCCUAUUGGCAUGGAACAUGUGGGAGUCGAAUAUAAUUGGAUCCCUCAGCUUUUUUCACCUCUCUCGCCUCCUGAUGAGCCUUUUGCCGCGACCUUGUUCUACCCUCAUCCCGUUGGAUAUUCACUCUCUAAUAUUCUGUUUG